AUGAUCAGCAGCUUCGAUUUACGAAUAGAGGUCGAGGCUCUUCAGGAGCUCGAUAGCUACGACAUACCACACGAUUAUGAUCUCACAACAGAGGAUCCGGAGCGGCUUCUUGAAGGUGACUAUCUCAUUUCCAAUCCCACUCAAAAAUCUGACGAUUUGGUAGCUGCCGUGGAGGCUGUUGCCGACUCCAGCAGCGCAAUUACGGACGAACAGGUCUUUGACAUCUAUAGGUGUCUGCUUAAAUUCGCAGACGCGGUCUCUGGCUCCGUUAUGAGCAAGCUUCUCGACUCCAUUUCCUCUGGCCUCCUGGCUGAAUUAGAGGCUACCAUCCGUGAUGUGGAGUUGGGAGAUCAGCAGUCGUACAUGGCGCAUAAGACGCCGUUGGAGUUGUACGCGUUUUUGCUGCAAUGGUUCGUUACGGCGGCUGAGAAGGUCAAAGCCACUGAGGAUGAUGCGCCACCGCCAGCAGCUGCUACCAAGGGCAGGAGAGGGAGGGGAGGGAAAGCUGGAGCGGGGAGAGGGGCGGGUCGUGGAGCUGCGAGCAAGAAGAAUGAGUCGUGGACUUGGCAGGACCAAAUUCCUGCGACACUGGGGCUGACUGUCAAAGUUCUGCGUCUUCAGACGCAACGUAUUUGGACGACGACUGCUGAAAGGGAAGACUUUAUCAACAACAUCAUCGACGAGAACAGUAACGAGCUGUACAAGGGCCUUUCGGACGGCAGCAUCAUUGUCAAGAAGAAUACGCUUAUGGUCUUGACGCAUUUGAUUCUGAAUGGGAUGAUCAAAGUGAAAGGCCAGCUUGGUGAAAUGGCCAAGUGCGUUGAAGAUGAAGAUGCACGUAUUGCGGAUCUUGCGAAGCUGUUCUUUAGCGAGUUGUCUACGAAGGAGAACGCAAUCUACAAUAACCUUCCUGAUGUAAUCAGCCAUUUGUCCAGUGGCGAUCAUGCCGUCGAUGAAAAGACUUUCAGGAGUACACUCCAAUAUAUCUUUACCUUUAUCGAAAAGGUCUGUUUCAUGAACUCUCUUGGUAUUCAGUUAGCUUACCCUCACGUCUCUCAGGAAAAACAAGCAGAGAACAUCGUCGAGAAGCUAUGCCAGCGUUUCAGGCUCAGCGAAGAUCCACGUCAAUGGCGCGAUAUCGCUUUCUGUCUUUCCCUCCUCCCAUUCAAAUCGGAGCGAUCAGUCAAGAAGCUGAUCGAGGGCUUCCAGUUCUACCGGGAUAAAUUACACGAACCUCAGGUGUAUGAAAAGUUUACGGAGAUUCUGGCAAAAGCACGUUCUAAUAAAUCCAAGGACAAGCCGGAUAAUGAGCUCAAUGAGUUCGAGCAUCUUCUGGAGGAACACAAGAACCAGGGAGAGGAAGACCAAGCUCUCGAAAAGCGUGUAGAGAAGAAGGCAGCGAAGAAACGGGCUUCAAAGCGAAAUAUAUUCGCAAAAUCCGGGGAUGGAUUGUUCAACUUGAAGCAGGAGGCAUGUUGA